AUCCAGGCGGAAACCCCAUUGAUGCAUACUUUUUGGCUAGGUGUUUUUUUCGCAGCGCUCGCUUAAUGAAAUGUCGUUUAGUGAGAUGAUACGAAAUCUAGGUGCUGGGACGGAUUCCUAUGCCGCAUUAUACUGCGCUUUCCCACCUACGCUAGGUACUUACCUCAAGGUACCUCACCUUAACGGUUAAGCUACCCUGCACGUAGCCUCGGCAUACGAUUGAAGUGACAAUCCGCGCCAAAGGUCAGUCUUGACUUUUUCUCAUGCCUCAUACAUCAAUUGUAAGCUACAGUCUAGUUGCUCCACGGAUCGGCUGUAUCCAUGGCAGCAUCACCCUCUCUUCCGCUUCGGCGACUUCUUAAGCAGCCUGAAACAUGGGCAGCUCCCAAUGUGACAGGCUUGCGAACCUCGGCCCGUCGCCAGCAGGUUUGGCUCCGAUGCUAUCACCAAGGCGUUAAUGCAGGCGCGGCGUCGCAACCGACAAGCCCUUCCCGGUUCCGCAAAGCUAUCAGCUUUGGCGCGUUUGGACUGCUGUUUGCAAGCCUGGGAUUCGUUGCAGCGGCGAGUCCCCUAGUUCCUGGUCUACUUGACGCAGCAAAACCGCGUUCCGAUGAAGAUACCUUGCGUGCCUACGUGCCCGAGAACGACGAGGCCGAAAAAGUGAAUGAUUUUAUCAACAGGCACCCAAUUGCGGUAGAGAUGCGCCAGAACCCCGAUAUGACCGAAUCUCGCCCCCACAUGAAACUCCCCGAUGCGCUGCGGCGGCAUAAUCUCACUGGCGGUACGCUUCUUGGACCUGGCCGGAUUACAGUGGCCCCUGUUUGCUGGACCGAAGAGGGAGGCAAGUCUCUCGUGUCAAUCACCCAUCUUGGCACAGAUAUUUGCGGUCACCCCGGCAUUGUGCACGGUGGAUUGCUUGCUACAAUGCUUGACGAGGGACUGGCGCGAUGCUGCUUCGGUGCUCUUCCACACAAGGUGGGCGUUACCGCUAAGCUUGAGAUCAACUAUAGAAAGCCAGUGCAUGCAGGCACGUAUGUCGUUUUACGGGCGCGCACGACGAGGGUAGAGGGGCGAAAGGCAUGGGUAGAGGGCCAGCUGGAAACGCUACCAGUGGACGGAGAAGAGCCUCUUGUCCUGGCGCAAGCCUCUGCACUUUUUGUCUCUCCCAGAUUUGCAUCGGUUAUGGCGAAGCUGAAUGCGACUUAAGAUCUCCGUAAACUGGAGCGCGACCUUUCGAUUCUGAAGGUACUCACACCGUAUUUCCAAUAGCCUGAGGGAAUGCGCUGGGGAGAUUGGAGAGAAGAGACGAUGCCAAAUCCAUAAGGGGGUUUGCGAGAGGUCUACUGACUGAGCUGGAAGCGCAUGUUCAACCCAAUCCGAUAUAUGUAUAGACCAUCUAAGCCACUAGACCGCCAAUCCUCUUGUAAGGUAGAUGGAUUGGUAGAU